GCAGCCCCGCCGGCGACGCUCCCGGUGCUGCGCCUGCAGGUGCCGAUCGCAGCUUCACCUGCUCGGGAUCUCCUGUUACUCAGGAAGCGUCAGGAACGAGGAGGGCAUGGAGGCCGAGUUGCUAACUGCCCGGUCUCACACACUGGUGACCUUCAAGGACAUACUUGUGAACUUCACGAGGGAGGAGUGGAAGCUGCUGGACCCUGCUCAGCAGCUCAUGUACAAAGAUGUGAUGUUGGAGAACUACAGAAACCUGAUGUCCUUGGGGCAUCAGCUUCCCAAGCCAGAGGUGAUCCUGCAGUUGGAGAAGGGGGAGGAGCCGUGGCUGGUGGUGAGAGGAAUUCACCAAGAGACCCAUCCAGAUUUGGAGACUGCAGUUGAAGUUAAAUCAUCAACUUCCAGUAAGAGCAUUUCUAAAGAUAAACACUCCUGUGAUGUUAAAAUGAAAAGAAUGGCAAAGAGUGAUCUCUGGUAUUUGUCAUUGGAAGAAGUCUGGACACGUGAAGGUCAGUUGAACAGGCCCCAGGACAGCCAGGAGAGACAUCUGAGCAUCCGUCGGGUCCUGCCAUCCCCCGCAGGGCGCACAAAACUGGCCGUGAGGAUGGCCACCAGGGUCCGGACGGCUGCCGUCUGGGUCCCACCUCUCCAGGAGCGAGACAGCACGCGCGAUGGCAUCAGAAAGCUCCAAGGGGAGGGAUCCAUCCUGGGUCAAGAGACCCCUGACCAGAGGCCUCUCCCUGGAGGACCCCGGCAGAGGCACAAGAGUCCCGGGACGGAGCAGGUCCUAGAGUGGCUGUUUAUUUCCCAGGAGCAGCCGAAAGCGAAGAAGACCUGGGGACCAUUGUCAUUCAUGGAUGUGUUUGUGGACUUUACCUGGGAGGAGUGGCAGCUGCUGGACCCAGCUCAGAAGCACCUGUACAGGAGUGUGAUGUUGGAGAACUAUAGCAACCUGGUGUCCCUGGGGUAUCAACACACCAAACCGAAUAUCAUUUUCCAGUUGGAACAAGAAGAGCUGUGGAUGAUGCAAAUUCCAAGUGAGGGCCAUCUGGACGAAGUCUGGGAAAUUGAUGGUCGUAUGGAAUGGCAUAAGGAAAAUCAAGGCAAGCUAAGAAGUAUGUCAAAAGGCUAUCAGUGUACUGCAUUUGGAAAACUAUGUCUUCUUAGUACAGAUUAUGUUUCUUCAAAACAAAAACUUCAUAAAUGUGUCACAAAUGGAAAGAGUUUGAAAUAUAAUACAGAUUUCGGUAAUAAUUAUGCUGGAAAGAAUCCUAAUGGGUUUCAUGCACAUAGGGAAUCGUCCUUCCAUUCUAAACAUGAGCAAGCUGUUAUUGGGAUAAAAUACUGUGAAAGUAAUGAAUCUGGAAAAACUGCCAACAGAAAGUCACAGCUCAUAUGCCAACAAAUACGUAUGGGAGGAAAACCCUUUGAAUGCAGUUACUGUGGGAGGGCCUUCAGCAGCAAGUCAUACCUUGUGGUGCAUCAGCGAACUCAUGCAAAAGAAAAACCCUACAAAUGUAAUGGAUGUGGGAAAGACUUCAGCAGCAAGUCCUACCUCAUUGUUCAUCAGAGAACUCACACAGGAGAGAAACUGCAUGAAUGCAGUGUUUGUCAGAAAACUUUCAGUUUCAAUUCACAACUUGUUAUACAUAAGAGAAUUCACACACGGGAGAAUCCCUAUGAAUGCUGUGAAUGUGGGAAAGUCUUCAGUAGGAAAGACCAGCUUGUUUCACACCAGAGAACUCAUUCAGGACAGAAACCCUAUGGGUGUCAUGACUGUGGGAAAGCUUUUGGUUUGAAAUCACAACUCAUUAUACAUCAAAGAAUUCAUACAGGAGAGAAACCCUAUGAAUGCAGUGAUUGUCGGAAAGCCUUUAAUACAAAGUCUAACCUCAUGGUACAUCAGAGAACCCACACGGGGGAGAAACCCUAUGGUUGUAGUGAAUGUGGGAAAGCCUUUACUUUCAAGUCACAGCUCAUUGUACAUCAGGGAGCACACACUGGGGUAAAACCCUAUGGGUGUAAUCAGUGUGGAAAAGCGUUCAGUUUGAAGUCACAACUCAUUGUACAUCAGAGAAGUCACACAGGAGUGAAACCCUAUGGAUGCAUUGAAUGUGGGAAAGCUUUUAGGAGCAAGUCCUACCUCAUCAUACAUAUGAGGACUCACACAGGAGAGAAACCACAUGAAUGCAGUGAAUGCGGGAAAUCCUUCAGUUUCAAUUCACAACUUAUUGUACAUCAGAGAAUUCACACAGGGGAGAAUCCCUAUGAAUGCAGUGAAUGUGGGAAAGCCUUCAGUCGGAAAUACCAGCUCAUUUCACACCAGAGAACUCAUGCAGGGGAGAAGCCCUAUGAAUGCAGUGACUGUGGGAAAACUUUUGGUUUGAAGUCACAGCUCGUGAUACACCAGAGAACUCAUACAGGAGAGAAACCCUUUGAAUGCAGUGAAUGUCAGAAAGCCUUUAAUACAAAGUCGAAUCUUAUUGUACAUCAGAGAACCCACACAGGAGAGAAACCCUAUGGUUGUAGUGAAUGUGGGAAAUCCUUUACUUUCAAGUCACAGCUUAUUGUACAUCAGGGAGCACACACUGGGGUGAAACCCUAUGGGUGUAAUCAGUGUGGAAAAGCCUUCAGUUUGAAGUCACAGCUCAUUGUGCAUCAGAGAAGUCACACAGGAUUGAAACCCUAUGGAUGCAUUGAAUGUGGGAAAGCUUUUAGGAGCAAGUCCUACCUCAUUAUACAUAUGAGGACUCACACAGGAGAGAAACCACAUGAAUGCAGUGAAUGCGGGAAAUCCUUCAGUUUCAAUUCACAACUUAUUGUACAUCAGAGAAUUCACACAGGGGAGAAUCCCUAUGAAUGCAGUGAAUGUGGGAAAGCCUUUAAUAGAAAAGAUCAGCUCAUCUCACAUCAGCGAACUCAUGCUGGGGAAAAACCUUAUGGGUGCAGUGAGUGUGGGAAAGCCUUUAGUAGCAAGUCAUACCUCAUUAUACACAUGAGAACUCAUUCUGGAGAGAAACCAUAUGAAUGCCACAAAUGCGGGAAAGCCUUCAUUUGGAAGUCGCUACUCAUUGUACACGAGCGCACUCAUGCAGGGGAAAACCCUUAUAAAUGCAGUCAAUGUGAGAAGUCCUUCAGUGGAAAAUUACGGCUCAUUGUACAUCAGAGAAUGCACACAAGAGAGAAGCCCUAUGAAUGCAAUGAGUGUGAAAAAGCCUUCAUUAGGAAGUCUCAGCUCAUUGUACAUCAGAGGACUCAUUCAGGGGAGAAACCCUAUGGAUGCAGUGAAUGUGGAAAAACCUUCUCUCAGAAAUCAAUUCUCAGUGCACAUCAGAGGACUCAUACAGGAGAGAAACCCUGUAAGUGCAAUGAAUGUGGGAAGGCCUUUUGUUGGAAGUCACAGCUCAUUAUGCAUCAGAGAACUCACGCAGAUGAGAAACAUAUUGGUGAAGUAAAUGUAAGAAACUUUCUCUCAAAAGUCAAUUCACAGGAAUUCCCAGAAUUGUACAAGAGAGAAACUCUGUAAAUGGAAUCAUCUCAUUGUACACCAUGUAUAUGUGGCAUGUGGAGGGGCAUCCACAGAACACUGUUUUUUUAUACACACAAAAAAUAUCAGUACAUGUGCACAAGGGACUCUAUGAAUUCAGUGAACCCUAUGAAAGUUCUUAGCAGAAAGUCUUGUAAGUUUGUGCAGGUGAGGAACAUUAUGAAUGAAAUGAAUGUCAGAAAGUCAUUUUUUAAUAUGCUAACAUCCACAAAGAGGAAAUUCCAUAAUGCAAAUGAAUAUAGAAUACAGGCCUUUUAAAUUCAUAAUUUAUUAAGAAUUAGGAUUUUAA